GGGGAAGAGUAUUGGGAACCAGCCAGUCUGCUUGCCUGCCUUCCAGCAAAAUAAAUUCAGCUUGGCUACACAAUGCAAGGAGCCCAGGAGGAGGAGGAAGAAGAGGAGGAAGAACAAGAGGGAGUCAACGAGACACUGAUCCGGAAACAUCAGCUUCCACUGUCCGCACAGUCUGCUUUCAGCUAUGUCCCACCCCGGCGCAUGGACCCCUCUGAGCUCAGUUAUUUUCACCAAGAGUGCAAGACAGGAACUGUUUCCUUGUAUGAUUGCGUCUUUAAAAGACCCAUGGGCUAUGAUGCAAAACUCCAUCGAUGUGACAGAGAGCAUGCGAAAAGCAGAGGACUUCAUAUCAAUGAUGAGGAAAAAGCAAGACCAAUGCCUGUCUUAGACUCCUCUGUUUACGGGAGACGCAUUGACAAGCCUGUGGAAGAACUGAUCCGAGAUCACGUGCGCAUUAACCGUGUGCAAGCUGAGUUCUAUAGGAAAAAUGGGAUCACUUGCUUGGCAGAAAAAUCUAACCGAAGCAUUGACCCAGUCUAAGGCCUCCUGUCCCACCACAGAAUGCUCGUUUGCCUUGGGGUCAGUCUCUCCUUCCCCCCGUCUUAUUCUUUAUAGGUUGUGGAUGUGAUUUUGCAUCCCUCCCAGUGCUGUGUCAUCCUAGGAAUUCAUUACAGAAUUUUAAAGCUGAAUUAGAUGGGCCAUGACUUGCUUUGAUGUGCUACAGGCUAUAAACUUGAGCAAUUAACCGCUUAAUUGAUGUGAGCAGCAUAACAUCAGAGGAUGCCACUUAGAAAAUGUUGCAGUCGCUGCUACAAAGAGGGUUUGGGUUGUAUUUGGCACAUCCCCGCUCAGUGAAGUAGCUACGUGUCCUUCCAUCAACAUCUUCCUCGGCCACUUCUCAAGACCUGAAAGAUCUAUAGGUUUCCAGGCCAUUUUGGAGCAUGACAGUCAGAUCUUAGAAACCGGCAAGCGGUCACCCCCUACCCUUGCUCAACUGUGACUUUGUUUUUAGUCUUGGAAACGACAAGGCUGUCUUUUUUGUGCCAAUGUUGUACCAGUUAUAAAAGCAGACAUUCUCCUCAA